CGGUCACGCUAAGCAUAAAUAAUUUCUAGGCAAGCGGGCGGUUAAAUAGCAAAAUAGUCAAGUAAAUGUCUAAGUUUGUUCGUUUCUAGUUAAAUUGCGGAGCAUACACUAUGGGAAUUGUGUUAUCCAAGCUGCGGAAGGAAAAGUCCACGGAGGCGGUGUUGGAGGGGCUGCAGACGCAGAUCCAGGCGUUGGAGAAGUACGUGAUCAACACCGAGGAGCGCAAGCGGCGGUUCGUGACGAACUUCGUGGGCUUCACCAUCGGAGCAUAUAUCGUGGGCUUCGGGCUCUGGUGGUACUUCUACUUCCCGCCGACCAUGAAGGAGUGCUUCAUGUACCUGGUGCCGCUGCUGCUCUUCCCCAUUGUCAUCAUCUUUCUGCGGCGGCUGUUUACGUGGUACUUCCAGCGCAAGCUCAACAAAAAUGGCGAUAAGCUGACUCGUCUGAAGGAGGACAAGCGCAAGAUAUUGGAGCAGGUCAUGGACAAAGAGACUUAUAAGGUGGCGGUGAAUCUCCUGGAGCGUUUUGGCGACAAGAAGCAGCUCCGCAUCAGCGGUCUGCCGACCAGCUCAACGCCCAACCGCCCGCAAGUUGAGCGGUCUCCACUGACCGUCGCUGCCGUCACCCGAACUUCAUCAGCCGGAGGACAGCAACAGCAGCAGCGAUCGCUGGCUCCAUACACCAGUGUUUACCGCAACAAUAACAACAACCAGAACACUUCGCUGAACAGCAGCGUCAUCAGCUCACAGUCACUGGGACAGAUGACGUCAGCUUCGCCGCAGUUGCGCGCCGUUCAAGAAUUGCGCCGGCGAUCGCCUUUUCCCAUCGUGGACGAUCGGUCACGAAGUGCCCUCGAUCGCAUUGUGGACUUCAUCGUGGGCGACAGUCCAAAGGAUCGAUUCGGCAUGAUCUGCAAGGCGUGCCACGCCCACAACGGAAUGCUGCCCAAGGAGGAGUACGAGUACACUACCUUCCGGUGUGCCUUCUGCAAUGUACUUAACCCGGCAAGGAAGAAGCGACCCGUGGCACCGCGGCUCUCCCUGGAGGCACCCUCGGAUACCUCAAACAAGCGAAACGACAGCUCAGAAAGUGAAUCAUCCGACGAUGACUCCGAUAAAGAGCCAUCUGCACGAAGAGCCCUGCUUCAAAAGGUGCCAUCUGGUGGAACUGAUAUGGAUACCACCGCCGUAACGGAAGACUUGGCAAUGGAGACUGAGACAAUCGAGACUGGACCUGCAGCCGCCACCAUCAGCACAGCUGAGGUGGCUGCCAGCUCCUGAGGGCACCUCGCCUUUUAGGCGCCAGUCAAGCAAAAUUCUUGGAUUAUUUGCUUUUAGCUUACUUAUUUAAUUGUUUAUUGGUAAGCAAAUUUGAAAAAGAAUCAUCUGUUAUCAUGAAUUUAUUGUCGAAGAAAACGAAUACAUUGAAUGGAAUACAUUAA